UUCUCCGGCAAUGGCGGCCCUUGGCGCUUGGCAGCUGUCAAGCCACCCGGAGUGCCUGCAGCAGAAUCGUCACCCCGGUCACUCGGAAAUGUCCACGUACCGGUCGAGGGCUAUGAAGGGUUUCGCCCUGCAGCAGGAUAUAUAGUCACUUGGCGUCCUGCAAAUCCAUCCCUCUUCUGGGACACUUUCCUGCACAUCACUCCCUCACUUGCUGCUCCCUAUUGAAACCGACCGGAAUCCCGAUGCAUACAUCAUAUCUCCUGAGUGCCCUUGUCGGCCUGGCCGUCACAGCGACCGGAGCUCCCACGGACAACCUCAAGAAGAGGGAUAGCCGGACGAGCGCCCCUUCGGGCUGUUUGACGGUCGGUUCGGAUGGUACCUACUCGACGAUCGGAGACGCGCUUGACGCCCUGGGAUCUUCCACUUCGUCCGCCUGCAUUUACAUUGCCAGCGGCACGUAUGAGGAACAGCUCACCAUCGACUAUGCGGGCAACCUGACCAUCUAUGGCGAGACCACGGACACGGCCACCUACAAGGAGAAUGUGGUCACCAUCACCCACACCAUCUCGUCCGAGGAUGCAGGCUCCCUCGACAAGAGCGCCACGGUCAACGUGGUGUCUGAUGGGUUCAGCAUGUACAAUGUCAACGUCGAGAACGGAUACGGCAAGGGGGAACAGGCUGUCGCUCUGGUCGGAAACGCAAAUGAGUUGGGCUUCUAUGGCUGCCAGUUCACCGGGUACCAGGAUACCCUGUAUGUGAAGGCCGGCACACAAUAUUACUCCAAGUGCUUGAUUGAGGGAGCUGUCGACUACAUCUUCGGAGAUGCGUCCGUCUGGUUCGGCGACUGCGAUAUCGUGUCGAACGGCGCCGGCGCCAUCACGGCCUCUUCCCGCGAGACCACCUCCGACUCGGGCUGGUACGCGAUCGACAACUGCAACAUCAAGGCCGCCUCGGGAGUCUCUCUCACCGAGCAGGUCUACCUCGGCCGGCCCUGGCGGGUGCUCGCUCGCGUGAUUUAUCAGAACUCGGUGCUGUCGGAUAUCAUCAACCCCAAGGGAUGGACGACCAUGGCGGAGGGUGCGACUCCGUUGUACUAUGAGUACAACAACUCGGGGGCGGGCUCGGAUACAUCUGACCGCGAGUACGAAACCUCGAUCUCGGCAGCGGUGGACAAGACGACCGUGCUGGGCUCUACGUGGGGGGAUUGGAUUGACCGCAGCUACUAGGCAGUUGGUCCGAAAAGUGAGCCGAGCACCUCAUCCGAAGGUUCAUGAGACCAUCCGCAGAUCACCCGCCUGCACGCUUAGCUUACCUGGAGCCCUGUAUUGAUUGAAUCCC